AAGACUCGGCUUCGCAUGUCAAAUUUCAUACAAAACAAAUCAAAAUUUGAUUUAUUAAAUUAAAAGAUAUCUUUCAUUUUUUUAACAAAAUUUUUAUUUAAUUAAUUAAUUUAAGACAGCUCCUUCGUUUCUCUGCAAAAUUUGUGGGGCUCCUUAGCGCUUAAGAAAGAGGAGACACGACACCGAAGCGCAAAACGAGACCUAAUUUUCAGGUUUGGUGUCUCCUCUGAUUGAGCAAGGAGAGAUUUGUAUAAAUUUAGGAUUAGGAAGGGUGGAAUUGAGGUAGGACAUCGACAAUGGAGUAUGAAAGUAACAGUUGGAUUUGGGAUGGGGUGUAUUACUAUCCACAUUUCUUUGGAGGUUUGAUGCUCACGGCGGCAUUGUUGGGCGUGUCCACCAGCUAUUUCGGUGGAAUUGGAGUCUUUUCGUUGCCCCAUUUGUGGUCUGAUUCUGGGAUCUUUCACAAAAAGAAAAGCGAGAAGAAGAAACGUGUGAGGGUUUACAUGGAUGGCUGCUUUGAUCUCAUGCAUUUUGGCCAUGCCAAUGCGUUAAGGCAGGCAAAGGCUUUGGGAGAUGAAUUGGUUGUGGGUGUUGUUAGUGAUGAGGAGAUCGUUGCCAAUAAGGGACCCCCCGUAUUGUCCAUGGAGGAGAGGUUGGCCCUUGUUAGUGGAUUAAAGUGGGUGGAUGAAGUUAUAGCCAAUGCUCCUUAUGCUAUUACUGAGCAGUUCAUGAACCGCCUCUUCACUGAGCACAAGAUUGACUACAUCAUACAUGGUGAUGAUCCGUGCCUGCUUCCAGAUGGAACUGAUGCUUAUGCUUUGGCAAAGAAAGUUGGCCGCUACAAGCAGAUUAAGCGCACAGAAGGCGUCUCCAGCACAGAUAUUGUAGGGAGGAUACUUUCUUCUAUGGAUGAUAUAAAAGCUCAUGAAUAUUGUAAUGGUAAAUCCUUGCCUGUAAAUCCCCAGAAAGCAAUUCAAUCCAAGAGUGCCAACAUAUCUCAAUUUCUGCCAACAUCCCGUAGGAUUGUGCAAUUUUCAAAUUGCAAGGGACCUGGACCAAAUGCUCGUGUGGUGUAUAUUGAUGGGGCAUUUGAUCUCUUUCAUGCAGGACAUGUAGAGAUUCUUAAGAAGGCUAAGCAGCUUGGAGAUUUUCUUCUAGUUGGAGUCCACACUGACCAGAUUGUGAGUGAACACAGAGGUAAUCACCACCUGAUUAUGAAUCUACAUGAGCGUUGUCUCAGUGUGCUGGCUUGUCGUUAUGUUGAUGAAGUCAUCAUUGGCGCACCUUGGGAAGUUACUAAGGAUGUGAUAACCACUUUCAACAUCAGUUUGGUUGUGCGUGGGACAAUUGCUGAGACCAACUCUUUGUUGAUUGAUGAAACUGAUCCAUAUGCAGUUCCCAAGAGUAUGGGAAUUUUCCAGUUACUCGAGAGUCCUAAAAGUAUAACUACCACUUCAGUGGCCCAAAGGAUAGUUGCCAACCACGAUGCCUACACGAAACGCAAUGCCAAGAAAGCAGUGAGCGAGCAGAAAUACUACAAAGAGAAGAAAUUUGUUUCAGAAGAUUAGCUGGAAUAUAAAUUUUAUAGGGGCAGCAAGUUUUCAGUACAGUGUCGAUGUGGCAUUAACCUUUUAUAGAGUUGCCUGUUGCUGAAGAUAAUAGAAACAGUCUCAUGCAUCUCUCUCUUGAAGGUAAAAAGGGUGAAAAGAAGUAUUGAAGUUGAUAGAAGGAUACCCUCAUCAGAGACUUGGAUUAACUGUUUUUGUUUUUAAUUUUUUUGUUGAUUAUGUAACUUUUAUCUCAUAGUAAUAACCUUCAAAUAAUAUGGAAGAUUUGCAUAAAGCUCCCAUUGUAUGUUGUAAACAAUUGUAAACAAUGAUCAUCUCUGUAUACUGUAGUCAUUCUCCCUUUUCUUUUUUUCCUCUUCUUGCAAGAGUCCUUCAAAGGGAGAUUCUAUCAUGGUAGCUACCUUUUAUUUGGUUAUUUUUACAGCAUUUUGUAUAUUAUUUAUUGGUUAUAAUUAUGCUUACUUUGAGUUA